CGUUGCUGCUUGAUUGUGCAUCAACUCUCUCCUACGCUUCUCACCACCGCCCACAUUUCCUUAUACCGAUAAUAACAACAUCACACUGGCACGAUGGCGCCACAAGACUCCUUCUUCGACGAGGAGGUCGAUACCUGUCCUCUCUGUAUCGAAGAGUUCGACCUUUCCGACCGAAGUUUCCGGCCAUGUCCCUGUGGAUAUCAGGUCUGCCAGUUUUGUUUCAACAAUAUCAAGAACAACAUGAACGGGCUUUGUCCAGCAUGUCGACGGCCAUACGACGAAAAGACAAUCGAAUGGAAGGUCGUCACAACGGAAGAGGUCGCCGAGUUCAGAGCCAACAUUCAGAAGAACCAGAAGAAGCGCGCGACUGAGCAACGGCAAAAAGAAGUGCAAAAACGCGAAGCGGAAAAGGAGAACCGCAAAAAUCUGGUCGGCGUUCGCGUUGUACAGAAGAACCUGGUCUACAUCACCGGGCUGGCACCGACUGUCCGAGAAGACGAGCUACUCAAGACCCUGCGGAAGCCCGAGUUCUUCGGCCAGUACGGCAAUAUUCAAAAAAUCUCCAUCAGCAAUCGAAAAAGCCCCGAUGGUCAGCCUCAGUCUCUUGGCAUCUACGUUACUUUCGAAAGGCCCGACGAAGCCACGCGCUGUAUACAAGCCGUGCACGGCUCACUCAACGGCGAUCGCUAUCUCAAAGCUCAAUACGGCACCACGAAAUACUGUUCAGCCUGGUUGAAGAACGAGAAGUGCAAUAACCCAGGCUGCAUGUUUCUACACGAGCAAGGCGACGAGGAGGAUAGUUACACUCGUCAAGACCUUUCUUCGAUGAACAGCAUUGCCACCCAAAGGCCCCUGCCCAGCGGAAGCGUCGGCUCAUCGUCGCGUACGGCCUCCCGAGCGCAGGUCUCACAUCCGACACCGCCGCCUGCGUCGCAGGCCAUGGCCCGAUCGGCCAGUAAGGAGGGUUCCGAUAAUGGCGGAGGCGUCGACUCCUCUGCGUUACCUUCGACAGCUAGCUGGGCUAGGAAUCCCCAGCGCAGUCGUCGCGGCAGUCAUGCCACGAGUGGUGCUGCUCCCAGUCCUGCGAUAACAUCAGCAGUGCCAGCCAGCGCUGCGACAAGCAAGCCCGAAGAAGCCGUCGCCGAGGACUCUGGGCCGCCGUCACAAUCGGGGUCACAACCCGAAGCGUCUGCGCGACCCGCGGCGAGCCCGAGCAAUGAGUCGCAACAGCCGCCUAGCGAGGAUGUUUACCAACGAUAUCCCGAGGGGGCCCUCAAAGCACUUCUCAAGACUUUGGCGAGCUGGACCAUGCCCAGCUUUCCCGAGCCAGACCCGAGCUUCCCACCCCUUUUCGACGUGCGUGGUGGCGAGAGGCGUCGCGCUAUGCGGGAUGAGGAUGAAGCCGCCAUGUCCUCAGAGCAGAUUGACGAGUCGGAGGUGCAGGAAGCUUCAGAAGAUGAGCCCGAGACCGGCGGUAGCCUGGCGCUUGGCGGCGAACCCGAGGAGAGAGAGCCUGACACCGAAAGCCAUGCGUAUGACCAUCGCCGAACACAGGCACAACCACCCAUUCAGCGCAACCACGGCGAUGGUCUGUUUGGCCCAGCCCUGGGGACUCCGCAACCCGGUCGCUCCAUGACACCACAGCAGCUGUUUUCCAUGAGGGGCCAAGCUGGAUUCGGUGAUCAACCGCCCCCUGGCAUGUCUUUCCAAGGGCAAGGCCACAACCGGCAAUCAUCCAGGUUCAGCUUUGCGAACGAGGGUGGGAACUCGUCGACAAAUGUCAAACUGGCGGCUAAUCCACGCAUCAUGGCUCAACAGUCUUCCAUGAUGCCAAAUGCAUCGUAUCAGGCUCAGGGCGGUAACCAGUUCUACGGCUCCUCUUCUUCCAUGCCCGGUCCGCCCCCAGGACUCAAGUCGACAGGUACACCCCCCAACAUGUUUGGACAAGGAUUUGGUGGAGGCGCUGGGUUUGGCGGUGCGCCAAAGGACUCGUCCAACGAGCUCCUACAGAGUCUGAUCGGGCGCAGUCGUGGAGGGGCUAACGAUGCCGCAAAGCGUGAGUUUCUACUUUCUUCUUUUUCAAAUCAGUACCCACCCUCCUCUACCUCCUCCCCAGCCCCUGCACCCGGUCUGCUGGGAUCGCUCUACGGCAAUCCUCCCGGAGUCUACCAAGACUAUGGGUCCAAGCAGCAGAAGAAGAAGGGAAAGAAGCACAGACACGCUAACACUUCCUCCUCUGGGGGAGGUGGCUUAGUUGAUCUUGCGGACCCGAGUAUCCUUCAGGCAAGGAUGCAGCAGCAUCAGUCUCAAAGCAAUGCGAGUGCCGGGCCUGGGCUAUUUGGAGGUCAGAGCCAAGGAGGCGGCGCAUAUGAUAUGAAAACUUGUUAUUUUUGGGGUUCCACGCACGUGGUUUGUGCGUCCGGGUCGGCAGCAGUGGAAGACUUCAGACAACACCAACACAGCUCUCGUCGGACUUCCACCCGCUCUCGACGAUGUACCCUGGCUAACUGUGUGCUAGACGAUGAAUUGCCAUCCUUGGACGAAGCCUCACACUCAGUCGAUGCCCUCGUGUCAGAUGAUACCUUUGAUCGGCUCAUGCAGGGCAGCAGACGAGGGACACCCGUGUUGACAGCACCACCUGGCUUUGAUAUGACGCCUGACGACUCGAGGUUGAGCUCGGCUGCCGCCAGCCCUCGACCAAAGGGGCCGCCUCCAGGACUUGCAUCUGUACUGUCGACGCCUGAACAAGCGAGACAGAAACCCGCGACGGCCGCACCGGUGGAGGCAAAGAAGAACAUAAGGAACCUCGCUGCCGAUAGUGGGUUGUCCAAAGCAAUCAAAACCCAGGCCCAGCCUGAAGUGUCAAAGGGAGCCUUGCAGGAAGAGGAUUUCCCCGCGCUGAACGCACCCAAGGCCACGCCAUCAAAGUCGCUUCCCGCUCAGGCUACGGCUUCUGCGGUCUCAACGCCCAAGGGCACCCCGGUUUUGAAGAAGGUAAAGCCAGCCAGCAAGGAGGCGGAGAAGUCCGAGAAGCCUUCUAGCCUCCCCCAGACGAAGCCCUCCGACAAGAAGCAGAAGACAGAUGUGAAGUCUGAGGUGCGUGAAACCAAGACGGCGGACGCAAAGGCUUCCAAGGCUGCCAAGGAGGCGCCUACUCCUGAACAGAAGGACGAUACUGCAUUCCCAUUCCUCCCCAGCGCGAGUGCAACGGCGCAGGCUGCCAAGGCUGGCCCCAAGACCCUCCGCCUGCUUUCGACUCCAAAGACUGAGACACCCCCGGCAGCGCCAACCGUGUCCGCUGUUCCCAGGGCGCUUUCGCAGGUUCGCCCGGAGACGCCAACGAGUGAGAUGGUGAGCGAUACCGCCAGCAUGGUGUCGGCAUCUGUAUCUGCCUCCCGUGCCGGCUCUCCUCCGCCCAGCAACCGGGUUGGCUCCGCCGCUGUCCGGUCGAGCACCAAGAGCCAGCAGCGUAAACAGCGAAAGGAAGCGCUCAAGCAAGACGUUGCGCAUGUGGUCGACGCGCCGAAGCCGGUCGCGGAAGUCCAAGCGCCGAUCAUGGGGCGCAUGAAGAAGCAAAAGAAGGAAAAGCCAGUCAAGCCAAGUAAGGCGAAGGCAGCUGAGCCAACACCUACCCCGGAGAAGGAGGCGCCAAAGGAACCAAUGGAAGAACCCGUCAAGCCAUCGCCAUCACCAGUCAAGGCAACUCAGUCCAGGGGCAAAGAGGCGCGUGUGGAGAAGAAGGUCGAGAGUCCUCCGCCUGUCGUUGAGCAGCAGGCCGUUGUUGAGGAUGUGCAGGAAGAGGAGAAAGACUACGGCCCCGCCGCUGUUUUCCAGGAUAUCAAGGACAGCCUGUGGGCCUCCGUUGCGGAGAAGCUGCACAUGCUCAACACCGUGUCCUCCAAUGGUCCUCGCAGCAACAAGGAACCUGCGGUCAACACGGGCAGGGAACUCACGACGCCCUCCUGCAAGGACAGCGUUUGCAAGUGUGGAGAAAUUCAAGCAGCAGACCUGGCGACUCUGCGGUCCGGCAAACCCGUGCGCAAGCAUUUUCAUUACGAUGGCAUCCGCAUGCUGAUCACACCCAAUGGUGACUGUGUUCGCGGACUGUCGGAGGAAGAAGAAGACGAGUUUUUGGCACUACAGGACGCCAUUGCCGCUGGAGCUGACCACCCGGGAUCAUUCGUUUUCCAGCGUCAUCAGCCUGGCAACGGUGCUUUCUCCCUCAUCAAGGGACGCGCCGUGCCAAAUGGCCGACCAAACAUCUUUCCAGCCACAAGCCGGUCCCAGGCCCACCCUCAAUCGCUGGACCCCAUCGGCAAGCUGCAGCGUGAAGAUGCUCUGAGCUACAUUAACCAGUACGUGCUGCCCAAGUUGGACUUUGGCGUCAGGACAGAUGGUAUGCCCAAGAGGGCCACCGUCCGCCAAGACGCUGCCGCGGCAAGCCUGAAUUCCCUGGCACCCUACUUUUACGGUCCCGAUGCGGCUGCCGGCGUGGGUAUCUACAGCGCCACGGACGGCAAAGACUUUACUCCCGCCUCUGGCUCGGCCUUUGGUCAGCUCGAGGAUGGGGGCCCGCGGGGACCUGGCGGCCCUGGUGUCAGCGGCAUGCCCUUGAUGAGUGUAGAGGACGCCGAGGCAGCGCUCAGCUCCGCACGCAAGGAGACAGACAAGUUGGAGAAGAAGCUCAACAAUCUUAUCAAGUCGAACCGCAGGGUUCUGCUGGGUGGGGCGCGAUAA